GCAUGUGGUGUUUUUUGUUUUUACAUUACUUUAAUACAAAUGAGAGGAAUUCUGCAAAACGUCACUAAGGUGCAAUAGUGCAGGAUCUACAUCCUGUUGUGUUCAGUGAGGACUAAGGUAAUUAUCAAUGAAAACGGAAAUUGAAGCAACUUUGAAAAAUGCAUUUUGUUAAACAAAACUAAAAUCUUAGUGAAAACUAAGAAGUAAACUGGAAUUAAACAUUCAGACUAGCGGAAAUAAAAUAAAAAUAACUGGGGGAAAAAAAUCGGCACAGAGUCCCCUCCCUGCAUUAAGUUUGCAAGUUCUCCCCAUGUCUGCAUGAGUUUCCUCCUGGUGCUCCAGUUUCUUGCCACAGUCCAAAGACAUGCAGGUUAGGUGAAUUGGUCUUUCUAAAUUGGUCCCAGUUUAUGCUUGGUGUGUGUGUGUCAGUGUGUGAAAUUAUAUAUGUAAACACACUGUUUAUAUACUAUGCACAAACAUACGUAUCGUACAGUGCAAGGUAAUAAUCGUAAACUAAAACGAAAACGAAGACUGAAACUAUUAAUGAAAAAACAUUUUCGUAAACUGAAAUAAAAUAAAUAACAAAACUGAGACGAAAAACUAAAACGAUACGGAACGAUUACAGUAGCUUAAAAGACUAAGUGAAAUAAAAUGAUAAUUUCUAAAAAAAUCUGAACAUGUCUGAAAGAACGCGGCAGAAUCUAUUUUUGCAUUUUCAUAAACUUCCGGUCCUGCCCUGUAGGUGGUGAAAUUCAGUAUAUAAACUUUAUCUGACCAGAGGGUAUCAGCGAUCAACAUGUCCGGAAGAAAACGAUACAGCGCCGUAUGGGAGUUUUUCGAAUAUAAUGCUGAAAGCAACAACAGUAAGUGCAUAGUGUUGGAGCAGGGUGCGUUGUGUGCUGUACAGAUUAAAGGUAAAAACCCAACAAACCUUAAAGUGCACCUAAAUAGCUAUCACAAAUUAGCAUACGAGAUAUUUCUGGGUAAAGAAAAAGAAAGGCUGCAAAGCGAGUGCAAUUUGAGUAUACAUGCAACCUCUAGUACACAUCAUACAAGACAGCAGACAUUAACAUCGUGUUUGCAGAGGACAGCAAAUUGGGGUACAAACUCAGCUGAACACCAAAAACGCGAAGACGCCCAAGUAAACUUGUUUAUUGAAACUGGCAUGUCUACUAGGCUGUGUGACUUGCCUUCAUUCAGAAAAUUUGUUUCCUCUCUUGAUCCCAAAUUUAGCAUGCCACAUGCUGCACGAAUAAAUGCGCUCAUCGUACUUAAAAUGAAUACAGCAACACAGCGUAUCAAAGAAAUGGUCCAACAAGCUCGGAAACUAACCCUUUGUAUAGACGGAUGGAGUAAAAAGGGUCUGACGGCUUCGUUUUUGGGAAUUUCUGCAUGCUUUUAUCAUUCACCAACAAACCAAGCACAGCAUGCUUUAAGUUUACGACGCAUAUGUCAUCCGCAUACGGGACAAGCUUUGGCAAACGCUAUCGACAGUACUCUGGAUGAGUGGGACAUAACAGAAGACAAGGUUAUGAUUAUAGUGACAGACAAUGGAGCAAACAUAGUAAAAGCUAUAGAUAUACUACGGAAAGCGCUGAGGCAAGGAGAAUAUUCUGCACAGCAGUUCAUCGAGCUGGAUUCAACUGAAUCUGAGUCGGACUCGGAUACAGAGGAAGAAGAGAUGAGCGUCUCUGAUCAAGGCAAGUUAAAAAAUAUUGGCUAAGUAGCUCAGUAUAUCCUGCUUGAUACUUUUUGUUUCAGGCAGCAAGAUUGUGGCAUGUAUGAUAAAUGGUCAGCAAACCAUCCAAUAUGUAUCCAUUGUCUCUCUAGUCUGUUAUAUUUUGUAAUAAUAUAACACAUUAGCACAUUUAUACAGCACAUUACAUUUUAAUUAGUCUUGGUAAAAUAGUUAUAAAUUAUCAUAUUUAAAAAUUAUUUCUUUUGUAGUGUUAUAUUUAUAGAUUAAACUUAAUAGAUGAUUCUGGAGGCUGUUUGUAAAAUAAAUAAUAAAAACUAUUAUUUAUUUCAAAUGAUUCAAUGCAGCUUUAAGUUUUUUACAAGACUGAAAAAAAAACAUAUAUAAAAUUAAAUAACAUGUAAUAAAUAAUAUACAUAAAAUCUACAUUGGAGAAAAGACAAAAUUGAACCAAGAAAAAACAUUUCCUAAAACACAUUAAGCUGAACUGUGAUUUAUUUGAUUACUUAACAGAAUCAACAGACUUCUUUCAAGACGGAGACAUAUCCAGGUUUCGACGUAUGCCUUGUAUGGCACACACACUUCAGCUUGCAUUGAAAGAUGCCAUGAAACAAUCAGGAGCCAGUUCUGCUGUUAACAAAGCCAGGAACCUUAUUCAUUCUGUCAGGAAAUCUUCGGUAGCAAAUGAGCAAAUGAUUAAAAGGUGUGGCCGAACACUGAUUCGUGACUGCCCCACACGGUGGAACAGUACACUUGACAUGCUGAAGCGACUUCUGGAAACUAAAGCUACACUUAAUGAGGUUCUUGAUGAACUCGGGAUAGAUACACUGUUAACCAGUGAUUGGGCCAAGUUGGAAAACCAACUUAAAGUAUUGGAGCCAUUUGGUAUGCACACAGAUCAGCUUCAAACAGAUAGCCAGUCUCUGUCAGAGGUGAUACCUUCCCUGCUAAACCUGGAGGCACAUCUCCAGUCAACUAGUGGAGAGAAAAAUUUGGCACAAGCUCUUCUUAAGUGUUUGCGCCAACGUUUUACAUGUCUGUUAGAUCCCAUUAGUGACCAAUUUGAUCCAGUCCCUGCAGCCGCAUGUCUAAUGGAUCCAACUGUCUCUCUAACCCUACAGUCUCCUGAACUAAUAUCUUUGAAAAGAACAGCAGAGUUAUUUGUAUUGACAGAGGCAGCGAAACACAAUCACACCAUAGAAGCACAACAAGAUGAGUCUACACAAACAGUAGCCGUUUCAGCAAACAUUACAGUCCUUCAGAAAUACAAGUACUUGGCUAAUAAAAUAAAUAGCUUAAACCCUGAAAACCAGCCUUGGCCAUCUGAAAGUGCUCUACUUGAAAUGCAGAAAUAUCAGGAGGAGGUUAGGCAGGGGGAUUUUACUGGAAAUCCUCUUCAGUUCUGGCAAGCCAGGGUGGCUGUGUAUCCUAAACUUAGCCCUGUGGCUUUGGACCUUGUGUGUGCCCCGGCCUCACAAGCAUUUGUUGAACGCAUAUUUUCAGUUUGUGGACAGUUGUCAUCUGGAUUGCGAAACAGAAUGACCACUUCUCUAGAGCACAGAGUUUUCUUGAAAAUUAACAGAAAGAUGUAUAAUUGAAUCAGUCAGGCUGUUUUGUAUCACUGUUAUGGUGGGGCUUUAGUAAAUUGUGCAAAGGAGAAAGAAGCAUUUGUUGUUUCAAUUAUACCAUUUAAAUUAGGAUUACUAUUUUGCAUGCAAAACUGCAGUGUGUUCCACAGUCAGUUCAAAUUCAGUAUCUGGGUUUAUUUUUGUUUGUUUUUUAACAGGACAUACCUAUAGGU